AUGAUUCCAGAUGAAGAAUGGCUUCAAACGUCCAUUCUACACUUCGAUGGCGAAGCUAGGAGAUGGUAUCGUUGGCUCAAGCUCAAGGAGCCAGUCAAUACGUGGGGAGAGUUCAAAGAAGCUCUCGUGCUCAGAUUUGGUGAGUCUUCCUAUGUAGAUUACGACAUCGAGUUGCGUAAUCUAAGACAAACCGCAUCCGUUCAAGAAUACCAAGCCAAGUUUGAGAAUUUAGCAAGCAUGGUUGAUUGGACGCCCAAGUCCCUCAUUGCCGCAUUUGUUGGAGGAUUGAAGGAGGAAAUUCAAAUAGAUAUACGGGCUGAGCCUAACACGGAGUUGCGGAAGUGCUUUGCCAAAGCACCCCCUCCGCGUAAAGAAGAACCUAAACCCGCUUUCAAGGGUCGAGCACCUCCUGUACUAACUCGGGAAGAAAGAGAAGAGUUAAUCAAGAACAAGCAAUGUUUCUGGUGUAAAGAGAAGUGGGACCCUACGCACAAGUGCAAGCACCUUCGAGUCUACACGGUUUUGGAUGGUGACGCCGACGAUGAAGGGGAAGAAGACCAAUCCCCUAUGAUCGAAGAAAUAGAGGAAUUGGAGGCCCGAGAAGAGCCUCAAGAGCAGGAAAGGCCACCUCCUGAGGGCGCUUGUCAUACCAUGACAGACCCUAACCGACCGGAUGCUAUGAGAGUUAUAGGGCAAAUUGGAAAGAGAAAUGUUCUGGUUCUUUUGGAUUCGGGGGCUACUCACAAUUUCGUGGGUGACCACCUCGCUCAGGAAUUGAAGUGUACCAUCGAAGAGCACCCAACUCUUAAAGUACUGGUGGCCAAUGGUGAGUGCCUCCCUUGCACUCGCAAGUGUGCAAACGUAGAGCUCGUGCUUCAGAAGAUCCCUUAUACAGUCGACUUGCUAGUUGUCCCUCUACCCAGCGUAGAUAUCAUUCUUGGAGUCAAAUGGCUCAAGACCUUAGGGCGAAUUUGGUGGGACUUCUCUACCAUGGAGAUGUGCCUGCCUAAGGAGGGUGGAGGAAAGGAAGUAGUGCUAAGGGCAGUCGAUCCUAGUUUGGCACCCAAGGCAGCGCUAAAGGCUAUAGCAGUCCAGAGACCAGCGGCUUGGUUAGUUUCAGUGGCAGAGGAAGUUGUCGCUCAAGAAGGAUCAGAAGAGAGAGUACCCGAGCAGAUUCAGAAAGUGUUGGAUGAGUUCAAGGAUAUAUUCGAAGAACCUAAAGGACUCCCUCCACCUCGAUCAUAUGACCACAGGAUAGUGUUGACCAACGACACAGAGCCGGUUAACGUACGCCCAUACCGCUAUGGGUACGCUCAAAAAUCAGAAAUUGAGCGAUUGGUCAAAGAAAUGCGAGAAAGUAAUAUUAUUCGGCCUAGUUCUAGUCCCUUCUCAUCACCAGUCCUUCUCGUCAAGAAAAAGGACAACACAUGGAGAUUCUGUGUGGAUUACAGGGCCUUGAACGAAGCUACUGUCAAGGAUAGGCAUCCAAUUCCUGUUAUUGAUGAACUCUUGGAUGAACUAUCUGGAGCUCGCAUAUUCUCCAAGUUGGAUCUCCGGUCAGGGUACCACCAAAUUAGAAUGUAUGAGGAAGACAUUUCAAAGACGGCAUUUCGUACCCAUGACGGCCAUUAUGAGUUUUUGGUCAUGCCGUUUGGACUUACGAACGCGCCCGCGACAUUCCAACGAUGCAUGAAUGACGUGUUUCGUCAGUUCCUGCGUGACUUCGUGUUAGUCUUCUUUGAUGACAUUCUUGUGUACAGCCAGAGUAUUGAACAGCAUGUCGAUCACCUUCGUACAGUGUUGAGAGUAUUAAGGGAGAAUACCCUAUUCGCGAAAAUGUCCAAAUGCAGCUUUGGGCAGACUUCUAUUGGGUAUUUGGGUCACAUCGUAUCACAUGAGGGGGUCAGAGCCGACCCUAAAAAACUCCAGGCCAUGGAGCAAUGGCCCUUGCCGAAGGACCCACGAGGCAUGCGGGGAUUUUUAGGCCUCACGGGGUACUAUCGCAGAUUUAUCAAAGGCUAUGGUUUGAUCGCUUCUCCCUUGACGCACAUGUUAAAAAAGGGGGAGUAUACAUGGUCUGAGAAAGCAAGAGAGGCCUUUGUCAAACUCAAGGCCGUUAUGAUGAAUGCCCCAGUACUUGCUCUCCCUGAUUUCUCUAAGGAUUUCGUGAUUGAGACAGAUGCUAGUGACAUUGGCGUCGGUGCAGUUCUGAGCCAAGAGGGCCACCCAAUUGCGUUUAUGUCUAAAGCCCUCACAGAGCGGGCCAAACCCUUUUCCACCUAUGAAAAGGAGCUUUUGGCAAUAGUCUUAGCAGUAGACAAGUGGAGGCCCUAUCUGAUUGGGCGAAGAUUUGUGGUGAGAACGGACCACAGCAGUUUGAGGUACAUGUUUUGGUGGGAGGGAAUGAAAGCAGACGUGAGGGAUUAUGUGAAAGCCUGCCCUACCUGCCAACAUGAAAAAUAUGAGGCCAUCAAGCCUCCAGGGCACUUGAACCCUUUGCCCAUACCGGAUAAGCCAUGGGAAGAUGUAUCAAUGGACUUCAUUGAUGCAAUGCCCCGAGCUGAAGGGAAAGAGGCGGUGUUGGUCGUGGUAGAUCGCUUAACCAAGUACAGCCAUUUUGUGGCCCUACCUAGAAACUACCAUGGACCAAUGGUUGCUAAUGUUUACCAAGAUCACGUUGGAAAGCUGCAUGCCAAGAGGAUCACUGGUUCACUUAGGAAGAAGCUCUCCCUAAAUCGGUUCUUACGAGUCGCAAGGGAGACUCUUAGCCGAUAG